UCCGCGGCACGCUACCGUAGUCGACCCCUGCACGGGGGAACGUUAGCUUUGCAGCACAUGUCAUGGCUCGUGAAUUAUCUGUGCGGCGAUGCGGCGAUGCGACGAUACUCUCGACAGCACCACCGCGCGCGUGAUCCAGGAUGGCAGCAAAUGGCAGCCCCGAGCGACGGCGCAGGAGCAUGGGCAUGUACCGGCGCGAGUCGAACAUGAGCGAGUGCGUCCAAUGCCGCGCCCAACACCGAGAGAGAGGUGCAUAGACGGCUGGCUAACUCUGCCGCAGCGCGCCCAGCUUCAUGGAAGACGUUGACAUGGCGCACGACGAGAUCUUCGCCGGCCCGGGCAUGAGCGAGAGCGUCCCAACAAGCGUCUCGGCCUUUUCGCACCGCCGCCGGGCACGCGCCGAUAGCAGCGCCAGCCUGACGAGCUUCGCGUACUACGACGAGGAGCAGGACAGCGACCCAGCCGACGAUGACGUCGAGGGCGACGAGGACGGCUCGGAGGAGGCCAUUGUCGACGCGGACGGCGAAGACAUUGAACAUUAUGGCUAUACGACCCGGGACCUCGACGACAUGGACCACGACCGCGACCUCGAGGCCGGCCGGAGCCCGUCCUCCUUCCCCUCCCCCUCCCCCUCCCCCAGCCCGAGUCCCAGCCCGUCGCGGCGCAGGAGCAGCGCCAGCCGCAGCCGCCGCAGUGUCGACCGUCCGCUGCUGCGUCGCCACUCCAGCGCCAGCAGCGCGGGCUCGGGCAGCUGGCGCGGCCGCCGCACCUCCCAGAAGCUCUACAUGGCCACCGAGGACCUGACCAUGGUCGUCGCCGGUUUCCGCACCUCGCCCGCCGGGUUCGCCGUCUACGCGCUGCUCUGCGCCGCCUCGCUCGGCCUCGCCUGGCUGGUGCUGCGCUGGAUGCCGCGCUGGCACGUCGCGCUGACGGGCCGCCCGACGCCGCUCAAGGACGCCGACUGGGUCGUCAUUGAAAACCAGUGGGGCGAGGUCGCCGUGCAGCCCGUCGCCCGCCACGCGUACGGGCGCGCCCUGACGACCGUCUUUGGCGACGCCGAGAAGAAGCGCCGCGGCGACUGGGACGAGGACGAGGACCCGCUGAUGACGCACCUGCACUGCCUCGACUACCGCUACAUCCGCUUUAUCUACCACCCGCUCAAGGACAAGUUCGUCCUGGCCAACACGUGGAAGGACCCGGCCUGGACUGACGUCACCGCCCUGCGCGACGGGCUCGACAAUGAGGAGCGCGACUACCGCGAGCUCGUCUUCGGCACCAACCAGAUCGACAUCGCCGAGAAGACGCUCGCGCAGCUGCUCGUCGACGAGGUCUUCCACCCCUUCUACGUCUUCCAGAUGGCCAGUCUGUUCCUGUGGUCCGUCGACGAGUACUACUAUUACGCCGCCGCCAUCUUCCUCAUCUCCGUCAUCAGCAUCGCCACCACGCUCGUCGAGACCAAGGCCACGAUGAAGCGCCUGCGCGAAGUGGCCAAGUUUGAGUGCGAGAUCCGCGUCCUGCGCAACCGCUUCUGGACGCACGUCGAUUCCAGCGAGCUUGUGCCCGGCGAUGUCUACGAAGUCACCGAUCCCGCCCUCGCGCAGUUCCCAUGCGACAGUCUGCUGCUCUCCGGUGACUGCAUCGUCAACGAGAGCAUGCUGACGGGCGAGUCGAUCCCCGUCUCCAAGAUCCCCGUCACCAACCACGCGCUGGACCUCCUCGACCUCAGCGCUUCCGCCGUGCACCCCGAGAUUGCCCGCCACAUGCUCUUCUCAGGCACCAAGAUCAUCCGCGCUCGCCGCCCGCACGAGGACCACAUUGACGACGAAGCCGCCGCGCUGGCCAUGGUCGUUCGCACUGGCUUCAACACGACCAAGGGCGCCCUGGUGCGCUCCAUGCUCUUCCCCAAGCCGUCUGGCUUCAAGUUCUACCGCGACUCGUUCCGCUACAUCUCCGUCAUGGCCAUGAUUGCCAUGGUCGGCUUCGUUGCUUCCUUUAUCAACUUUGUCCACCUCGGCCUGGCCUGGCAUCUGAUCGUCGUCCGCGCCCUCGACUUGAUCACAAUCGUCGUCCCGCCCGCACUGCCCGCCACCCUCACCAUCGGUACCUCCUUCGCCCUGUCGCGUCUCAAGCAGAAGCAGAUUUUCUGCAUCAGCCCACAACGCGUGAACGUCGGCGGCAAGCUCGACGUGGUCUGCUUCGACAAGACCGGCACCCUCACCGAGGAGGGCCUCGAUGUGUUGGGCGUGCGUGUCGUCGAACGACCGAGGAACAGGUUCAGCGAGAUCCUGGCCGACCCCUACGACAUCCUUCCCGCAUCGCACCACGACCGCGAUCCGACCGUCGAGUACGUCGCCCACAAGACUAUUCUCUACACCAUGGCUACGUGCCACUCGCUGCGCAAGAUCGACGAUGAGCUUGUCGGCGAUCCUCUCGAUGUCAAGAUGUUCGACUUCACUGGCUGGAGCUACGAAGAGGGCGAGGGGUCAGGCAGCAACGACGAAGACCCGGAGCAGAAGCUCUCACCGUCUGUCGCCCGCCCGCCUCCUGGACGCGAAUACGACCUCGACGAUGCCGACGACAGCAGCAACCGCAAGCCUGUGGAGCUCGGCGUGCUGAGGCAGUUUGAGUUUGUCUCUCAACUCCGCCGAGCAAGCGUCAUUGUGCGCCGCUUCGGCUCCAAGAGCGGCGACAUCUACGUCAAGGGCGCGCCGGAGGUCAUGAAGGAGAUUUGCCAUCCAGACAGCUUUCCCACCGACUACGACGAGCUGCUGGCUUUUUACACGCACCGCGGAUUCCGUGUCAUCGCGUGCGCAGCCAAGUCCAUCCCCAAGCUCAACUGGGUCAAGGUGCAGAAGAUGAAGCGCGAAGAGGCAGAGAGCAAUCUCGACUUCAUCGGCUUCAUCGUCUUUGAGAACAAGCUCAAGGACAGCACGGCGCCCGUCAUCGAGGAGUUGGAGCGCGCAAACAUCCGCAAAGUCAUGUGCACGGGCGACAACAUCCUGACCGCCAUCAGCGUCGCGCGUGAAUGCGGGCUCAUCAACAAGACGGCGCACUGCUUCGUCCCGCAUUUCGCAGAGGGCGACAGUCGCAACCCCCUGUCCAAGUUGAGCUGGGAAUCCGUCGAUGACGCCGUCUUCAAGCUCGACGAGAACAGCCUCAAACCUCUCCCGCCGCCGCCCGAAGCAGACGUCUCGCUCCCGUACGACGUGUCGAAUCUGAGGAACUACUCGCUGGCUGUAUCCGGCGACGUGUUCCGCUGGAUCGUCGACUUCGCCUCCGAAGCCGUGCUGCGCGAGAUGCUCGUCGCAGGCCAAGUCUUUGCGCGCAUGUCGCCGGACGAAAAACACGAACUCGUCGAGAAACUGCAGUCCAUCGACUACUGCGUGGGCUUCUGCGGCGACGGCGCAAACGACUGCGGUGCCCUCAAGGCCGCAGACGUUGGCAUCUCGCUGUCCGAGGCAGAAGCCAGCGUCGCCGCGCCCUUUACAUCUCGCCAAUUCGACAUCAGCUGCGUCCCGCAGGUCAUCAAGGAAGGCCGCGCCGCGCUCGUCACGAGCUUCAGCUGCUUCAAGUACAUGUCGCUGUACUCGGCGAUCCAGUUCUGCUCCGUCUCGUUCCUGUACGCCAGCGCCAGCAACCUCGGAGACUUCCAGUUCCUCUUCAUCGAUCUCGCGCUCAUUCUGCCCAUUGCAAUCUUCAUGGGCUGGUCCGCCGCAUACCCCAUUUUAUCGCGCAAACGCCCGACCGCCAACCUCGUCAGCCGCAAAGUCCUCACCCCGCUGCUCGGCCAGAUGGUGCUGUGCAUCCUCACCCAGUACCUCGCGUUCCACUUCGUGCAGCAGCAGCCCUGGUACGCGCCGCCCGUCCUCGACCCGGAGCACUCCAACUCGCUCAACUCGCAGAACACGGCGCUCUUCCUCGUCAGCUGCUUCCAGUACAUCCUCUCCGCCAUGGUGCUCAGCAUCGGCCGUCCGUACCGCGAGCCCAUGAGCCGCAACACGCCCUUCAUCACGACCAUCUUCCUCGCGCUCGCGCUGAGCACGUACAUGCUCUUCGACCCCGCGGACUGGGUCAUGGACGCCAUGGAGCUGACGCCCAUGGAUGUCCCGUUCAAGGCCUUCCUGCUCGUGCUGGGCGUGGGCAAUUUCGCCGUCGCCUAUCUCGCGGAGCAUUUCUUGUUCCCCGGGCUCGCAAAGUGGAUCGGCGUUGCCAAGGUCAAGGUUGGCGGGCGCAAGUGGGCGAAGAAACGAAAGGAGUACAAGGUCAUCCAGCAGAGCAUGAUGAUGUAGCCGAACAGAGCGGAGCGAGGCUUGUGCCGGUUCUACUGUACGUUGAGUGGUAAGCCGGACCAGACGUUCCAGACGAGGACGUACACAGCUGCGACCAACACGACUCGACACGUCCCUCCACACCCCAC